AUGGCCGACACAACCCAAAAGCCGGAUGCCACCAGCGCAGCGCAAGCUCGUCAGGUCAUCAAUGUUUUUCAUGAGAUUUCUACUUUGCUUAACGCCGAACUCGAUCGCGGAACCCUAAGUAUAUGUAUAAGUCUCAUCGAAAACGGCAUUAAUCCGGAAGCGCUUGCUACGGUGGUAAAGGAAUUGAGGAAGGAUGCGGAUGAGGUGAAGAAACGGAUUGCUGAGGGGGGUGUGGGGGAGGUGGAGUGA